AUGCUCACCAAUUGUGUCCAUCAAACUUGGUCAGAAAAGCAUAGUUAGUAUGAGGAAAUAAUUUUAGGCAACAAAGGAUCUAAAUAAAACAAGAUUUUUCUGUCUUCACCAGAAUUAGCUGGAAAAAUUCCAGUACGUGCUGAAUUAAAAUAGCAAUUUAUAUGUAAUAUCGAAACAAUUUGAAAUUAUAAUCAGUAGAAACCAUAUUUUUAUGAUACCAAGUUUUCUUCUUGAGAAAGAUGCACACAACCAUUUCUUCUAGAUAUCAGAAUGGAUGCUUACAGUUAUUCCAUUCAUUCGAGCCUCAUUCAAGGACUGGCGAAGGUUAUUUAUGUCAAGACCCCAGUUGGCUGUCUCUUCCAGAUGGUAUGGGACAAGAGACCCACCAAACAAUGAUAUUGCAGCUGAAUAAAGAGGGUAUUGUGGAACUGGGACCAGAAUCUGCCGCAUCAAUAUGACAAAAAAAGACGUGAGAAAAAAAUGAAAACUAUACAGCCUUUAAAAAUAAAAGCCUGUCCAUUUUUCCUGUUUUAUCAAGACUUUGUACCCCAUCCUUGUCGUUGCGAAUAAUUGUGUUUAGCAUCUGCAUGACACCUUUGCUUGCACCAUCAGUGAGAUAUAUAAGCUCAGGAUCACUGUAAUUCAAGGUUGACAUUAGCACCAUUCACAUUAGGAGAGGCUUUUGGGUUGAAAACACAACCAGGUUGUCAGAGAACGAGGUAGAACACAAAUAGUAUCCGAAAUAUUAAAUGGUAGUUCAAUGUUGAACUAAUAUUACCUAGGAUAUCCAUCACGCCUUUCAAUAAACUCAGCAACCUCCUUUCUUAUUCCAGGAAGUCCUCGGGAGUCGCUGUAUGCACCUAAUGGAUAAUAAAACACCUUGUCAGCCUUCUGCCAAAGGUCAUUAGUAAAGUAAUGACUUGUUAAAGUGAUAUAAGACAAUAGUAAAUGGGAGACACUGACGUGGAUUUUCCAGGAAUACACCAUUACAAGAUGCUAAUUCAGAAAUAAUAUGCCUAUUCUAUGAUAAUAACAGUGCAAAAGACAAGAUUCGACGUUUGAGAUAUUGA